CCAAGUCAGAAAUCAUUCCUACAAUAUCUAAAGUGUGGCUAGUAAUAAAACCACGUGAGUAAUAAGUAAUUGAAGUAUGACCAAUAACGGUAGAAUGUUGCUUCACAAUCACACUAGGCACAGUAUGUAAAAACCCGCAUGCAUGUUGAUACCGAGAUAUGAGGGCAACACACUGCUAUUACACAACGUUAUAUCUAAGCGUUGAUGCCUGUACUGAAAGCUGCUCAGCGGGGAGUGGGCUGUCAGACACAGCUGCUGGGUAUCAGGGCUCACUGCUGCCUGUCUCUGUCCCCUCCACCAUCACUACAAUAAGCCAGGCUGCCAACCAGGGAGUUUGGGUUUGGACGAGUGAAGAAAAAUAUCAAUGCUUGAGAAAGGUGCAUCUUGAAAGCAUUGACCAGCUCAGAAAAUUGGACAUAGGCUUCUGCGUCAAUACUAUCUGUUUUGUAGCAGGUGUGGUGGUGAGUGUAGAAGGCUACCAUCCCAGCAGCACCAUGAGUCUGGAUGAGGAUGCACGCUGGCUGGAGUGGGUCACCAAGCAGUUUGAGAGCAUCGCGGGAGAAGACAAAGAAAUUGACCUGGAGGAGUUCAAAACGGCCCUCAAGGUCAAGGAGUCUUUCUUUGCGGAGCGGUUCUUUGCGCUAUUUGAUUCUGACGGUAGCAAAACCAUCAGUCUGGAUGAGCUGCUGGAGGCUCUGGACCUGCUGAUCCAUGGCAGCGAGACGGACAAGCUCCGCUUCCUCUUCCAGGUCUAUGACGUCGAUGGCAGUGGCUCGAUUGACCCAGACGAGCUGCGCACAGUGCUCAAGUCGUGCCUGCGCGAGAGCGCCAUCUCCCUGCCAGAGGAGAAGCUGGACGACCUGACCCUGGCUCUGUUCGAGUCGGCUGACAAGGACAACAGCGGCUCCAUCACCUUCGAGGAGCUCAAGGCCGAGCUGGAGAACUUCCCCGAGGUUAUGGAGAACCUCACCAUCAGCGCUGCCAACUGGCUGAAGCCUCCCGGCCUGGAGCAGAAGAAGGGGCGGCAUACCCCUCGCUACCUGACGCCGGCGUACUGGCACAACAACAGCCGGAAGCUCCUCUUUCUGUGCGCCUACACUUGCCUCAACCUGCUGCUGUUCAUCACCGCCAUGCUGAAGAACGUAGAGGGGGGAUUCUGGUACAUGGUGGCCAAGGGCUGCGGCCAGUGCCUCAACUUUAACUGUACCUUUGUCAUGGUGCUAAUGCUGCGCCGCUGUUUGACCUGGCUGCGGGCCACUUGGGUGGUGAGGGUGCUGCCUCUGGACCAGAACAUCCUGCUGCAUCAGAUGGUGGGCUACGCCAUUGUCACCUUCUCCACCGUGCACACCACUGCCCACUUCAUGAACUUUGUACACCUAUCUCAGAACAGCAGCUACAGCCUGUGGGAGCACCUUUUCACGACUCGGCCAGGGAUUGGCUGGGUGCAGGGCUCUGCAUCCCUUACCGGCAUGGUGCUACAGAUCAUGAUCUGUCUAAUGGUGGUCUGUUCCAGCACCUUUGUCCGCCGCAGCGGACAUUUUGAGGUGUUCUACUGGUCCCACCUGUCCUAUGUGUGGGUGUGGGCUUUGCUGGUGGUGCACUGUGCCAACUUCUGGAAGUGGUUUGUGGUGCCUGGUGUGAUCUUCCUGCUGGAGAAACUGGUGGGCGUUGCUGUUUCUCACAUGGGAAGCCUCUACAUCGUGGAGGUCAACCUGUUGCCAUCUAAGGUGACCCAUCUGGUAAUCAAGCGGCCCCAGUUUUUCCACUUCAAACCAGGGGACUAUGUUUACAUCAACAUUCCAGACAUCGCAAAGUAUGAGUGGCAUCCUUUCACCAUCAGCAGUGCCCCAGAGCAGCCAGAUACUCUGUGGUUGCAUAUCCGCUCCAUGGGCCAGUGGACCAAUCGUCUGUAUGAGUACUUCAGGCAGCCAGACAGCCAGGUGGUCAGCACCAAGAGACUGAGCGCCAGCCUGAAGGACAGACGGCACCAGACGAGGGCCCAGGAGGAGCUGUUUAAAUGUGCGAACUGCAACGGGACGGUGGCCUCCAACGAGGACGAUGCCAUCGAGCUAACCCUGUAUCGACAAAACGGGUGUAGAUCAGGACCAUGCCCAGGACCAGGGCCACAGGGGCCCAAACCAGACCAGCAGAACCAAGCAGAGAGAGGAGAAGGCCCCCCGCUCAGAGAGACCACAGCCAAGCUUAGUGAAAACCACAGGUUCUGCAACGUCAAAUGCUUCGUGGAUGGGCCCUAUGGGACUCCGACGAGACAGAUCUUUGCCUCUGAACACGCGGUGUUAAUCGGUGCCGGUAUCGGGAUCACACCUUUCGCCUCCAUCUUACAGAGCAUCAUGUACCACUAUCGCAUGAGGAAACAGAACUGUCCCAACUGCAGCUACUCGUGGUGUGAGAACAUCAAGGACAGUGAGAUGAAACUGAGGAAGGUUGACUUUAUCUGGAUCAACAGAGACCAGAAAUCAUUUGAGUGGUUUGUGAGCCUCCUGACCAAACUGGAGAUGGAUCAGGCUGACGAAGAGCCAGAGGGCCGCUUCUUGGAGAUGCACAUGUACAUGACCUCUGCCCUCAGCAAGAAUGACAUGAAGGCCAUCGGCCUGCAGAUGGCACUAGACCUCCUGGCCAAGAAGGAAAAGAGGGAUUCCAUCACUGGCCUUCGCACCCGCACACAGCCAGGGAGGCCAGAGUGGGGGAAGGUGUUCCAGAAAGUGGCAGAGGAGAAGAAAGGGAAGGUUCAUGUGUUCUACUGUGGAGCCCCUGCACUGGCUAAACUCAUCAAGGCCCAGUGUGAGCACUUUGGAUUCAACUUCUACAAGGAGAACUUUUGAGGACUGGCCAACAUUUUUCCUGACUGACAUCAGCACCCUCAACUAAAUCCACACACCUAUGUGCUGAUCUAUGUCAACAGUUUCUGUACCAUACAGGCUGGUUGUCCACAAGCACUAUCUCGUGCUAAAUCCGCACUAUGCCGUUACCAACCCAAGUAUGUGAAACCGACAAUCAAUAUGCUGCUAACGUCUUUGCUUCUUCCACUGUCCCUGUCCCCUUACUGGGCUCGAACCAGUGGUCCUCUGAAUUCAAACACACCGCCCUCCUUGAAAACAUACCAACUAGUUGUGCUAUAAAAAAGGAUCCGAUAGGACCAUUGGCGUGCCUGCCCUUAAUGCUUGCCUUGGUCAAGAAGUAUAAAGUGGGCCUUUAUACUGUAUAUUCUAUCACAUUUAGCAUUCAAAUGGAUCUACCAAAACAUAUUCCGAAGCACAAAUACUAAAUGGCAGACAUUGUGACAGAGAAUGAAGUUAUGUUCACACCGUACACUUACAUAGUUAAUAGUUUUAUGUACCUUUUAACUAUGUGUUGUUGCCAAUGGAUCUGAUGUCUUUUUUUUUAACUAGACAAGUCAGUUAAGAACAAAUUCUUAUUUACAAUGACAGCCUACCCCAAACAACACUGGGCCAAUUGCGCGCCGCCCAAACCAUGGCCAGUUGUGAUACAGCCUGGGAUUGAACCAGGGUCUGUAGUGAGUUCUCUAGCACUGAGAUGCAGUGCCUUAGACCACUACGCCACUUGGGAGCAGUGCUUGUAUUGGAUGUAUUAUAGUAGAUAUAUUUGAAGUUUCUGCUUAAAUCUUCAUGGAAGGUUGUUAAAGAUACAAAAUACAGCAUAAUAUGCACCUUGGUGGAAGGGUUAAAUGGGUAAGCCUAAGUAAUGUAGUGAUUGUUCUGCAUCCUGGGUAAGACCAGAAGAUGUCCAUUAUUAUAGGAAAUUUAGAACAUAUCAAAACUAACAUUACAAUUUUAUAAAACGUAUAGCUAUUCUAAGUUAUGUAACUAAAGUGCCUUCAGAAAGUAUUCACACCCCUUGACCUUUUCCACGUUUUCUUUUAUUACAGCCUGAAUUUAAAAUAGAUACAAUUUAGAUUUUGUUUUUGUCACUGCCCUACACAAAUGUAUUAAAAAUGAAAAGCUGAAAUAUCUUCAACCCCUUUGUCACGGCAAACCUAAAUACAUUCAGGAGUAAAAAUGUGCUUAACAAGUCACAUAAUAAGUUGCAUGGACUCUCUGUGUGCAAUAAUAGUGUUUCACAUGAUUUUUGAAUGACUCAUCUCUGUACCCCACAAAUACAAUUAUCUGUAAGGUCCCUCAGUCGAGCAGUGAAUUUCAAACAUAGAUUCAACCACAAAGACAAGGGAGGUUUUCCAAUGCCUCGCAAAGAAGGGCACCUAUUGGUAGAUGGGUAAAAAUAUAAAAAGCAGACAUUGAGUAUGCCUUUGAGCAUGGUGAAGUUAUUAAUUACACUUUGGAUGGUGUAUCAAUACACCCAGUCACUACAAAGAUACAAGUGUCCCUCCUAACUCAGGGACUUCACCAUGAGGCUAAUGUUGACUUUAAAACAGUUAGAGUUUAAUGGCUGUGAUAGAACAAAACUGAAGAGGAUGGAUCAACAACAUUGUAGUUACUCCACAAUACUAACCUAAUUGACAGAGUAAAAAGAAGGAAGCAUGUAAAACAAGGCACUAAAGUAAUACUGUAAACAAUGUGGAAAACUAAUUAACUUUUUAUCCUGAAGGUCUUAUGUUUAGGGCAAAUCCAAUACAACAGAUUACUGUGUAUCACUCUCCAUAUUUUCAAGCAUAGUGGUGGCUGCAUCAUGUUAUGGGUAUGCUUGCAAUCGUUAAGGCCUGGGGACUUUUUCAGGAUAAAGAAAUAGAGGAAAGCCUGGUUCAUUCUGCUUUCUAAAAGAUACUGGGAGACAAAUUCACCUUUCAGCAGGACAAUAACUUAAAACACAAGGUUAAAUAUACACUGGAGUUGCUUACCAUGACAACAUUGAAUGUUCCUUGAUUGGCCUAGUUACGGUGCAACCAACUUGACAGAGCUUGAAUAAUUUCUAAAAGAAUAUUGUGCAAAUAUUGUACAAUCCAGGUGUGCAAUGCUCUUGGAGGCUUACCCAUAAAAACUCACUGCUGUAAUCUCUCCUAAAGGUGAUUCUAACAUCAGGGUCAGCGU